CAGACAUGGAAAGAGAGGGACUACCUCAUUGUGUUUGGCAUCCCAUCUGUGGAUAUUGAUGAGAGACGGAGACGCCGUUAUCUGCAGCGGACUACGUGCUGGCAGUUUCCUGAUGUUGCGACAAGAUCAAAUAACUUCACUGGUGCCAUGUUGGUGUUGUAUGUACUUGCACGGCACCCAUCACAGGGAUAUGAAUAUUCUGCUACACUGGAGAAGGAAGCAGAGGAGUGUCAAGAUGUCAUUACACUCUCAAUGAAUGAGGGACGCGUUACAACUAAUAAAACAAUUGGACGCUUUGGUUAUUGGGGUUUAGAAGCUGAGGUUGGUAUGAGCCGAAAAUCGUAUUUUUGGUUUGAGUUAGCCCUUCGUCUCUUUCCUAAUACGACUUAUAUUUCCAAGGGUGAUGAUGAUAUGUUCCUACGAGUACCACAGUUUCUCGCAGAUCUACGCACACUUCCUCGGUAUGGGAUUUAUUGGGGAAGAAUCUGGAGCGGUGUGGGCCCAGUACAGUAUGAGUUUAUGUUGGGAUCCUGCAUGACACUAUCCCGCGAUGUGGUUCAGCAGGUGGUGUGGUGUGAGGCACUGCGGCGUUUGGUGUAUUUACCGUUUUCCGAAGAUCGUAAGAGAGAUUAUGAUGGGUUUAGUAUGUUUCAUGAAGAUAUGAUGGUGGGCCAUGUGCUGCAUCUCAGCAAAUAUAAGGGUUUGGUGUACGUCAUAGAGAAGGUUUGUCGCUUUCAUAAUUUGCAUGGCUCGCCUACAAAGCGGCGUGUUGGUAAGAAAUCUGUUAUGGUGCACCAUAUAAAGGAGAAGGAAUACAUGAAGCUGAUGCAUCGCUUCGGAAACGACACAACUCCUAUCGCUAAAAAUUACUCACGAUUGAAUAACCGCAUUGAAUUCGAUUGCUGA